UAAGACGCUUCAUACUUUAUCAUUUACAUUUCCAAUGUUUUACCUUCGAUAUCUUUACCUGUUGAAACAAUAGUCAUAUGUUCAUUAAUAUAAUCGAUGUGCGUAUGAAUCUUGAAAACUAUUGUACGACUAUUUUACGGCUGGGCAUCUUCGCAAGCCCGCAACUUCCACAAAUAUCCGGAUGAAAUCGGCACUGUAUUUCAACGGACAGAUGGGAGAGCACAGAAUCGUGUUUGACAUCUAGAAUAAUGUGGAAGAUAAAAUCGAUUACAAAACAUUCCGCAAACAUUCCGGAGAUUAGUGUGCCAGACAAGAUUGCGUGGUUUGGUUCGGAAACUAGUGAGAUAGCUUGACUUCCGAUGUAUACAAUGCGUAUACACUGUCAGUUAAGAAAUAUUAUUGCCUUUAUGCAAAAGAAAUUUCCAAUUUUGACCAUGAGUGAGCCUCAGUUCACCGAAGUAUCACCUAAAUAUUGGGAGGAAAAAUGGGACAAACGAAAAAUUGGUUUCCAUAGAUCUCAUAUGGAUAAGUUACUAGAGAAGCACUAUGAUAAACUGAUCAAUGGCAGACACAAUAUCAAGAUUUUCUUUCCACUGUGUGGAAAAUCUGUAGACAUGAAAUGCUUGUGGGACGAGGGACAUACUAUUAUCGGGGUUGAAUGCGUGAGAAGUGCCCUGGAGGAGUUCUUUGAGGAACAGUCCAUUAAGUACACUGUCUCAGAACUGCAAGAUAUUGAAGGUUCUCUAUUCACUAGUGAAGACAAAAGAAUAAGAUUGUACUGCUGUGACCUCUUUAAGUUCAACAGUGACUUUGAAGGGAAAAUGGAUGCUGUUUGGGAUAGGGCUUCAAUAGUGGCCAUCAAUAAGGAUGAAAGACAACGGUAUUCAGAAAAUCUGACAAGCUUGUUAUCCCCGGAUUGUCGCUAUUUACUGGAGACAUUGGAGUAUGAUGAAACCAAGUAUCCAGGGCCUCCGUUUUAUGUGUCAGAACAGCAGGUUCAUGAUCUGUUUGGUGACAGAAUGAACAUAACAAAAUUGGAAAGAGCAUAUGCCCUAGAAGAAAGACACCAAACUUGGGGAAUAGACAGUUUGUUCGAAAAUUUGUUCUUGAUGACAUUAAAGUGAUGAACACUACACUAAAA